AUGCCGACGAGCCUCGACCACAAGAUCUCGAGACCUGUAGUAAGAAUGAACAGGAGACGGCGGAGGAGGUUGCCGCUUCUAAAGCGCUCGAGGAUAUGCUACGAUAUCGAUGGCAGGAGGAAGCAGAGCCCGGCAACGGCGGCGGUGACGUCGGGGGCAGUGAAGGAGCGGCUUCAAGCGCUCAGGAAGCUUAUACCGCGUAAAACCGACAGCGUGAAGGAGAAGGAGAUGGCUACCGACAGGAUAUUCGAGGAGACGGCGGAGUAUAUCCUUCUGCUGAGGGCCCAAGUCGAGGUCUUGAAGCUGUUGGUGGAUUUCCAUAGCCCCUGCACGGAGAAGAAUGGCGGCAUGCAGUGA